AUGACGUCGUUUUUACUCUCUUUCGCUUCCCGCAGCGCCACCAGAACCCCCAGGCUCCUCUUCUCUUCACUCUCUCUCUCCACCGCCACAAUAAUCCCCAAAUCAAACCCUAAACCUAAACCUAUUUUUAUCUGUCAACACUAUUUACUUUCUCAAUUCACCCCAUUUUCCCGCCAAAAUGAAUUACCAAACCCUAGUUUAAUAUUCGUUAAGGAAAUCUCCACCUUUUCAAGCUCAAAAGAAGAGAAAAAACAGGAGAAAAACAAUGGAGAGUUGCCAAAGAGAGGAGAGAAGUCAUGGAUUGAUGUGUAUUUGCCUAGACAAGUUAGGCCUUAUGCACAUUUAGCUAGGCUUGACAAGCCAAUUGGGACUUGGCUUCUUGCUUGGCCUUGUAUGUGGUCAAUUUCACUGGCGGCAGAACCUGGAAAUCUACCUGAUUUUAAUAUGAUGGCUUUGUUUGGUUGUGGGGCUUUGCUUUUAAGAGGAGCUGGAUGUACAAUAAAUGAUUUGCUUGAUAGAGAUAUUGAUACGAGGGUUGAAAGGACAAAGUUAAGGCCGGUUGCGAGUGGUCUUUUGACGCCAUUUCAAGGGCUUUCUUUUCUUGGUUUUCAAUUGCUUUUGGGUCUUGGGAUUCUUCUUCAAUUGAAUAAUUAUAGGCUACUGUAUUUUGGGAGCUUCGUCCUUGCUGCUAGUCUUCUCCUAUCCCCUUAUGAAGAGAUUUACGUUUUGGUUCAUGAAAAUCGGGAAAUAACUCUGUCUACUGCAAAUUUUUGGGAGCAGCCUCAAGCUUAUCUUGGUUUGACAUUUAACUGGGGAGCUUUACUGGGAUGGUCUGCAGUUAAAGGGAGUCUGGAUCCAGUUGUUGCAGUACCACUGUAUGCUAGUGGAGUAUUUUGGACCCUGGUGUAUGAUACAAUAUAUGCUCAUCAGGACAAGGAAGAUGAUCUUAAAGUGGGUGUUAAAUCUACAGCUUUGAGAUUCGGGGAUUCAACAAAGGAGUGGAUCACUGGGUUUGGAACUGCAAGCAUUAGUAGUCUUGCCCUCAGCGGAUUUAAUGCUGAUAUCGGUAUUUGCUUUUUAUCCACCCGAUGUACAUGA